AUGCAUGCGGCGCCGACAUUCGUGGCUGCACGGCAAGCCCCUCUCCCUGUGAAUCGCUCACAGGCCGCUGCCGUCCCGGCUCCUGUUCCGCCUCCUGCGGCUCCUGCGCACGCUGCCUCGGCCCCUGCUCCGACGUCCCGUCUUCAGCUACCGCCCGUUCCGCCAGUGGCGGGGGUGGAAUUUGUGCCCGCGGGGAGUGGGGCGGCGACGACUCCCUACCUGCCUGCCGUUGCUGGCGGGUCGGCCCCUCUUCCCGCCGAUGGGUCGCUUCUCUUUCUGGCUGAGGCGCUUCAGCCACCGCAGGCUCGAGUACCUGAGGCGGUUCUCGGCCAGCUGUUUCGCCUCGCUGAGAGCCUGCACGCUGUUCUGCUGAUCCAAGUGCUUGCUCAUUCAUCCCUCCCUGCGAUUCCCCCUGACACGUUUCAGGAUCGGUCGUGUGACGUGUGUCUUGACGCGGCCGAUCAGCUCGCCCAGCUGCUGGCGCCCGUGUUGGCUGCGCCCUCGGAGGGAGGCGUUGCUGCUGCGGGACAGCUUGACGAUGCUGUCCGCGGCCUGCGGCGCCAUUUGCGUGCAGGUUCUGGAGCCGCCGCGAUCGGCGCAAGCACGCUUGUGGUCCGGGAGCUUUGGCGGACUCUGACGGGCGUUCUUCACGCUCUUGGGGCUCACCGCAUGUAG